GGGCCACCCCCGGGCCCCGCCGGCUCCUCCCCCUGCUCCCCCUGCUCCCCGGGAAGGGGCAGGCCUGGCUCCCCGAGCAGCCGCCGCUCCUCCUCCCGGCGGGCAGGCCGGUGAGUCAGCUGACGCCGCGCUCAGCCCCGCCGCGCCGCGCUCCCCGCGCUCCCCCGAAGUGGCUGCGCGCCGGCCGCGCGCUCCCAGGCUUCGGGGCGCAGCGCAAGCGAUGUGCGCGCUCUGAAGCCACGCAGAGCUGCCGCCCGAGCGCUCGGCCCUUUGGACCCAACCCCCCGCACCGUCUCCGGCCCCUGCCCUCAGCCCGCCCCAGAGCCACUCGGGGUGCGUGCGUGCGGGAGCCGGGGGUCACCGGCUCUCCGGGAUGGCUUCCAAUUUCAAUGACAUAGUGAAGCAAGGGUACGUGAGGAUCCGGAGCAGACGCCUCGGGAUUUAUCAACGAUGCUGGUUAGUAUUCAAGAAAGCUUCUAGCAAAGGUCCAAAAAGACUGGAGAAAUUUUCUGAUGAGCGUGCCGCGUAUUUUCGGUGUUAUCAUAAGGUUACAGAACUCAACAAGGUGAAGAACGUAGCGCGACUGCCAAAGAGCACCAAGAAGCAUGCCGUAGGGAUUUACUUCGACGACGACACCGCCAAGACCUUUGCUUGCGAAUCAGAUCUCGAGGCUGACGAAUGGUGCAAAGUACUCCAGAUGGAGUGUGUAGGGACGCGGGUCAAUGACAUCAGCCUCGGAGAGCCUGACUUACUGGCUACUGGGGUUGAGAGAGAACAGAGUGAGAGAUUCAAUGUGUAUUUGAUGCCAUCUCCUAACUUAGAUGUACAUGGCGAAUGUGCCUUGCAGAUUACAUACGAGCACAUCUGUCUUUGGGACGUGCAGAAUCCCAGAGUCAAACUCCUGUCUUGGCCGCUAAGCGCCCUGCGGCGGUACGGACGAGACGUUGCUUGGUUCACUUUUGAGGCAGGAAGGAUGUGUGAGACUGGUGAAGGGCUGUUUAUCUUCCAAACGCGAGAUGGGGAGGCCAUCUACCAGAAAGUCCACUCUGCUGCCUUGGCCAUAGCUGAGCAGCAUGAGCGCUUACUACAGAGCGUGAAAAAUUCAAUGCUGCAGCUGAAGAUGAGCGAGCGAGCGGCCUCGCUGAGCACCGUGGCGCCUCUGCCCCGCAGCGCCUACUGGCAGCACAUCACCCGGCAGCACAGCACUGGGCAGCUCUACGGCCUGCAGGAUGUCUCCAGCCCUCUGAAGCUCCAUCGAACAGAGACUUUUCCCGCCUACCGACCUGAACACUGACAGUAACUUGUAAGAAUUGUUGUGUGACUGGCUUGUGCUGCGUCAGCCACAGAUGCGUCCAGGAGGUCGCAGGAUGACGGUGUGGGGAGCCACGGAGAAAAGAAUCUUAACGUGCUGGCUAUGUGUGGUCAUGGGGAAAUUCUGCAAUACAAUGUUUUUUUUCUUUUUUCUUUCUUUUUUUAAGAAAUCUUUGUGUGAUUGAAACAUGCUCUGUAGAUUCCAACUGUUUGUUCCCUCUUUUACAGUUGGGCAGAAGGACUCAAUACCCCAAAAUGAUUUUCUAUUGUAGAUACCAUGUCCUUGGCCCUUCUCUGAAUUGACCCUUUUGUGGAUGUUUGUGAUUUUUGCCUUCUGAGUGUUUCAAUGGUAUGAUGGUCAGUACUGACAAUAAAACGACUCUUAAUUAUUUGUUACUUGUUUAUACUGUAUUCCUCAGUUACUAAUAAUAAGGUUCUAGUUAAUUAUCAAAAUCGUAUUUUAUCAGAUUAUCAAUGAGUUAAAUCAGUGCUUCGUCUCACUCUAGUUAAGAAAUAACAACCGAAGGACCCUUUACUAUUCUUUAUGGGGUCACAGUUUCUCUCUCACCUGAUCACCCCUCCCUUUUUUUAAUGCUUUUAUUUUGUUUGGAGUACCUUCAUAAAACAUUUUAAAAUAAAAGAUCAUUCUUCACGCA